CUUGUUGGAUUUUUUGCUAGCAAUAUACAGGCUCUUCCAGGCCAUCCCCACUUGUCUGUGCCUCCCACGCCAUCGGUGCUGUACAAUCAAACAGCACAACCCUGCCCCCCGGCAUCACAGAGAAAGCCAGCGGCCAAGGCGAGAGGUGGGGGACCCGAACCAAACAAGCAAAUGGAGUUAAGGCAGCGCGCCAGACAGCGGGGCUCAAAUAAUCAAAGGGAGGUUACAGCUCAGAAAGCCCUGCAUGGGCCAGGCCUCUGCGGGAGCAGCAUGGCUGAGCCUCCAAGGGACCCAUCCUCAUGGAAGCUUUAGGGCAGUGGUUCUCAAGCUCCGAAGGCAGAGCGGAGAGCGGCGGCCGCUGGCCGGGCGCCCUGCUCCGAAGGCAGAGCAGAGAGCGGUGGCCACUGGCUGGGCGCCCUGCUCCGAAGGCAGAGCAGAGAGCGGUGGCCACUGGCUGGGCGCCCUGCUCCGAAGGCAGAGCGGAGAGCGGUGGCCACUGGCUGGGCGCCCUGCUCCGAAGGCAGAGCAGAGAGCAGUGGCCGCUGGCUGGGCGCCCUGCUCCGAAGGCAGAGCGGAGAGCGGUGGCUGCUGGCUGGGCACCCUGCUCCGAAGGCAGAGCGGAGAGCAGUGGCCGCUGGCUGGGCGCCCGGCUCCGAAGGCAGAACGGAGAGCAGCAGUUGCUGGCCGGGAGCCUGGCUCUGAAGGCAGAGCGGAGAGCGGUGGCCACUGGCUGGGCGCCCUGCUCCGAAGGCAGAGCGGAGAGCGGCAGCCACUGGCUGGGCGCCCUGCUCCGAAGGCAGAGCGGAGAGCGGUGGCCACUGGCUGGGCGCCCUGCUCCGAAGGCAGAGCGGAGAGCGGUGGCCACUGGCUGGGCGCCCUGCUCCGAAGGCAGAGCGGAGAGCAGCAGCUGCUGGCCGGGAGCCUGGCUGUGAAGGCAGCGCCAGGCCAGCUGCAGCACCGAAGGCAGGAAGGGCGGCAAUGUGACAAGCGAUAUUUGUCAAUAUCACUUUUCACAUCAGACAGUGCCCCAUUGCCACCAUUACUCCUGCACCACUGCUGCCACCCGAGGGCUGACAGCUGGAGUUCUGCUGACCCCAAGUGAGGGAUAGGGGUGGGGGUUGGGAGGGAAGGAGAGCCCAAGCGGCAGGGCUCCGGCUGUCAGCCCCAGGGUGGUGGGGUUCUGACUCUCCCCUUUAUCCCCACCUCCCAGGUGUGCAUGGCCCUUCUGCACAAGCCCGAACCUGCUGGGGCUGACAACUCUCGCCUCCCUGGACGUAUGCCCAUGCCACCCGUGGGAGAACUGCCCCCCAGUUUGAGAACCGCGGCUUUGGGACACUGUGACAAGGGACAGCAAUGGUUAUGCACUGUCCCUUGGAACCGUGCUUGGGGCCAACAGAACCCAAGACCUCUGGAGCUAAAACCCAGAGGCCUCUUCUGCUUGAGCUAAGGGGCCAGCCGUAGUGGGUCACAGACAGCAACCACAAUACAUGACCUCGCCUCGAGAGCGGGACAAAGAGCCAAAUUGGGUUAGCAGGGCUGAAAAUGGAUUCCCACCUCUCCUUCCAUGUCUCCAGUGCCACCACCGGCGUGUGUGUUAGCUACACCAGCCCUGCCCGGAUUGCUGCCCAUUGAGAUGAACCCCUGGCUGAGGGAAGGGGCCAUGCGAGCUGCUCCACAUCACCAACAGCUCUGCCUCUAUCGCUCACCCCCCCUUGGAAUCAGUGAGGCUCAGCACCAGGUGCUUUGUUCCUCCAAAAUCACACGGCCUCUGGCUGCUGUGGGAAUGCCAGAAGAGAAGCUCGGGUCAGAAGGUGGCUGCAGGAGGGAGGUGCACUCAGAAAACAGGGUCGGCCUGAAGCCCAACUGUAACACCAACAGACCCCAGUUGGUGGCGGGCAGGAUCGAACCUGGGGCCUCUGGAGCUUAUCGUGUGAAUUAAAAGCCAAGGGGCUGUUAGCUAAGACUGUAGAGCAGACUCACUUCUCGCUCAAAGUGGUCUUGGUGCCCUGGAUGGGACAGAGCACCUCACCCAGGUGUGUGGGUUACACAGGCACAACUAAAGCCCUGGCCUGAAGGGUUAUGCAGCACCCAACACUCUGCACAGGGGUGCUCCACCCAAUCCAAUGGGGCAGCUAGGGGUGAAGCUGGUUGCCAGGCUGAGCCCAAUAAGAAAUUGGGUGCAAUUAACUGGGCUCAGCCUGGGGAGGGAGCCCCGGUGGCUCUGAGGCCUGAACUCCCUGGCUGAGGCCGUUAAUUGCACCUGUCUAACCCAAGCAGUUUCUACAUUGGCACAACCUCCUUGUGUGGACACUUAUCACAGUGACAGAGCAGCCCAGCUGAACCAGGAGCUGCCACCCCCACCCCCAUUCGAGAGGGGCCACACAGGAAGUCUGCUCUGGUCUAACUAAACCGCUUUAGGUCAGCGGGUUUUACUUCUAUCUGGACCGGCCCAAAGCUUCUGGACCAGAACAGUGUGUCCGUCCCUUCGCCCUGAAAUGAGCAUGAGACUCACCUGCCUGGGCUCUCACAGCAGAUUAUUAAAAGAGGGAAAGAAAUCUAGUCUCUGGGACAGCAGCAGAUUCCCUGCCACAUAGCUUGGAUUUAGUCUCAAUGUCCAGUUCCUCUUUAACACAGCAGAAACGCCAGUUAAACCAAGUGCUAACAAGCAAGCUGAAAGUUGGACUAUCCUCAGGGCUCGUGCCCCGGGUAGCUGCAGCACUGCCUACAGGUGACAUUUGGUAUUACAAUGAUUUAACAAGCACCCCCAAUGAAGUUAUGGGUCUGCUCCUGCUCCCAGUUGUGUAAAUGUCCUGGAGUGAGAGCAGGGUCAGGUCCGGAACCGGAGAAAGCAAAGAUGAGAUGCUGGCUGAGAGAGGGAGCAGGGGACUGGGAAUGAGGAGGGAUUUCCUGCAGGAAGCUGAAGGAGGCCAGGCAGGGAGUGCUGCUGGUUGCAGGCGUGAAGGCAGGAUGCAGAGAAGGGGGACUGGAAGUGAAGGGAGCUGUGAGAAGAGUGGAUGGGGAGGAGGUGUCUGUAGGGUGACCCGUCACCCAGCCCGAAGGGUCCAGCCCUGCAAGAAGCACAGGCAGAAUUCUGGUCUUUGCUGCACUGGGGCAAAGCUGGAGGUAUGGCAAUUGCCAGUGGGGCGAUUCAUUAUAUGGACAACUCUCGUGGGAAUCUCUGGUUUCAUCCCCGGGGGGAAGGCCUUUCCUCAGGAGGCAGGAUGGUGGGGUACUAAGCCUCUGCUCCCCAGUGCAGGUGGGGCCUCGCGUUGCUUCCCUUGCAGCACCGGGGGGUGGGGGCUGUUCUCUCUCCCCCAUGCUGGGCUGUAGGGUAGGAAGAGCGCUCCGGCCCUUGCCCGUGCAGCGUUUACAAACGACGGCCCAGCAAAGAGGUGUUGGAUGACUGUGGGCAUGAAGCGAUUCAUGGCACUGCUUAGUAAGAAUGAAAGCGGGGACCCUCCACAGGCCAGGCUGCUGGAUCUAGCAGGACAUCUCUGUGGUGAU